CAGGCGCGUAUAUGAUCCGGAGAGAAAGCAUGAAAUUACGUGAUCGUAGCAGCAGCAGGCGCAUCUUUCUCUAGUGUUCUUGGAUAAUGUAAAAACUUGACAAGACAUAGGGAUAACAACGAUGAGAGAAAAUGAAGACGGUUUUGCCUGUCGCAACUUCUUCGUGCGACGUUGGCGAAGGACGAGACCCAUAAGUCACACGAGCACUGCUGGCAGCCAAGACUAAGACACGCGCAUUUAUUAAGAGACGUGGCAUCAUUGCGACCGGAUUAGGCAUCAGUUUGAGCGAGGGUAUCUAGCUCUACCUUCAUCUACAGGCUUGGACGCGAAUACCUAAGUGUCCUAAAAAAAGACGCCCUUCGCAAUGGACGCUCCUGACCGAAAAGGAACGUUGACCAGAAGAUAGCAACGCGUAUCACCUACAACGCCCUUGAGCUAGCGUCGUGGAUUUGGAGAAACAUUUGUGAAAAAGCGCAUAAGCUUUGCUCGAGGAAGAUAGCUGGUGACACGAGUCGCCACCAAGAAAAUGGGCCUCGUACUCUCGACUCUGUGGCGGAAGCUUCUUGGCGCAGAAGGUGCAGAGUACAAAAUCGUUCUUGUCGGUCUCAAUAACGCGGGAAAAACAACGAUACUCUACAGACUAAGCCUUGGGCAGCCUGUGAUAACGCAGCCAACAAUAGGGUGCAACGUGGAGGAGCUAUCGUACUAGCCUUUCCCUGCGUAGAUAUUUGAAACACUUCAGUUCUUAUUUCUGUACGAUCAGUAUGAAUUUCAAUUUCUGGCUUAUAAUUUUAGAAGAUGCACCCAAACACUCACACUUCUACGAUAUGUAUCAUGAUUAUCGAAAAAUGACCCUCGACAAAACUUCGUACAGGUACAAAGGAGUAAAAUUUACAGCAUGGGAUUUAGGGGGACAAGAAAAACUAAGGGAUCUUUGGCCGUCAUAUUUCAAAUCCGACAACUUCGCAGAUGCCAUUAUCUUCGUCGUAGAUAGCAAUGACGUGGAAUCACUGGUAUUCAAAACAUUUUUCCUUUUUCGGCGCAGCUGGAUGAGGUUAUGGCUGUGUGGGGCAGGGGCAGCAGCAGGAACAGGAGCUGAAGCAAGCGCAGGGACAACUGGGGCGGGGAAACAAGUGGUGUCGGAGAUCAAGAUGUUGUGGGUGGUGUUGGAGAUCAAGACGUCGGAUGUCUUUCUGGCAAAGCUGGCGCAGAGAAGCAUGGUAGGACUUCCCGACGCCGACAAGUUCCCAUCUAGUGCGGUAAUAGAAAGAAACUGCUGCUGGCUGUCACUGUUAACCUCGUGGAAGGGGCUAAAAAGUCAGCAGGGAAAGACACUGGCGCCGGCGGGCAGAGAGCUCGCGGAACAAGUCGAAGGGCUUCCUGCGAGCACUCUCGCCGCCUUUGCGCUGACUUUCGACAGGGGGGGCCUGUGAUGCCCACGCACGCGGUGGCGGGGGCGCUGAGCUGUGCACUUUUGCCGUUUGCUGAAGCCGGGCGGUCGCCGUUCCCGGUUUGUUAUUGGGCUGAUCGCUGAGCGACAGCGGGGCCAAAAAGCUAAAGGCGCGGCGAAUGCCCCGGGAAACGAACACGACAGAAGCCCGCAGACGAAACGCGUGGGGGGACAAGUGGGAGGCGAUUAACGUCCAGAGAGUGGCGGCGCCUGAGCUCAGGAGCAGGCCACCAGCCUGGCCUGACGUAUGCACUUGAUUGGCUUGGCCUGACCAGCGCGACUCCGCAGGGGCGCCCGAAGGCUCCCGAGGAUGGCGCACCCGGUGGCACUCCUGGCCCCGUCAGGUGGUUCGCUUGUCGAUCGUGUAGCAGUAAGCGGCGCCGCAACGUGCGUGGAGGGAGCAAGAGAGGCGGCAUCGGUGAAGGGGUGGCGAUCGGUGAAGGGGUAGGGAAAGGUGGCGAAGCCUGAAGGGGGAGGUUGGGGAUGGCAAUGGAGGACGGACUUUCUAGCAAUUCUGCUUUUGUCUUUGGCUUGUGUGCAUGAGAUGGCGCUGGUGCCCAAUAUAGGCUGAUAGUCGUACUCAUGUGUAAGCGUAUUAAGGAAAGUAGCAGAAGCAGUGAGCUGCUCUGUAUGGACAGUUUUAAGAAACACAAAGCAACGGAAGAACGAAGCAGGAAACAGGAAAGUAACUAACGGUCGCUGCUAAAUGUUACACUUUAAAUCUACUCCGUCUAACUCUUCCUCAAGAUCAACAUAUUGAUAAGGAUCGUGUGGUUUCUUGAGUAAAUUGCGCUACGUCAAAGAGGCUGUUCAUCAUGGGACGAACGCAUAUACAUCCUCAGCAUAUGCACCUCCACACCGUCAUCCAGGUCACAGCAAAAAUGGAGUUGAUGAAUAUCCUGAUUUUACAUAAUGUGCGGACAACUGUAAAGGCUGUUCUCGUCUUUGCGAAUAAGCAGGAUAUAAGUGGCGCCAGAACGGCAGCUGACUUGGUUGCUGACCUGAUUAAGGCCUACUCGAAUCCAUCUCCUGAAGAAUCUUGGGGCCGUCCCAUAAGGGGGAAUAACCGGCCCAAGUUGAAUUUCGGGAUGGGUUCGGAGAAGCUCUAACCUUAGCCUCGCGGAGAUAAAAACACACGAUUGGCAGAUAAUGCCAUGUUGUGCUCUAACGGGUGAAGGCGUAGACAAGGGAAUGGACUGGCUAGUAAAUAAACUCACAGCCGCCACAAGUGCAAAGCCGGCGUCCUCUCAGGGGGCUGGAGGUGGAGGCGCUGCACCUUCUACCUCACAUGCAUCAAGCGUGCAACGAUGAACUAAAACUCCGCUGAAGGGUAUCCCAUCGCCCGUGUAACACAAAACCACCCAUUGGAGACCCAUUUUGACCUAACUAAUUUUUUCCGUUCCACACGCCAGGAGCUGAGACUUGGCCUAUUUUCACCAAUGCACGACUUCCGCUGAUGUUGGUGCGCUUCAUGAAGGCUCUGUUUUUAGCGGUGUCGCU